CUGCAUGCAGUAGACACAGCAGACACAGCAGACACGAUGGCAGUGUUACUCGGUAGUUACUCUAUUGCUUUAUUUGGAACCAGCAUUGUCAUUGCGAGUCUGACUUACAUCACCUACAGGCUGCUCAGCGAUUACCUGCAAAAAUGGUUCACAAUGAAGCCUAUUCCAGAGUUGGAAGGAACAUAUCCGAUCAUUGGAAAUGCACUAAUGUUCAAAAACAAUCCAGGAGAUUUCUUUGGUCAAAUUCAGGAUUUUGUCCAGGAGUUCAGGGAUGCACCGCUAUUUAAAAUCUGGAUUGGAACACUUCCAUGUGUGAUUUUGUUUCAUGCUGAGAAUGUUGAGACUGUUCUGACCAAUGCGGUUCAUAUGGAGAAAUCCUAUGUAUACACCUUCCUUCACCCUUGGCUUGGAACUGGACUUCUUACUAGCACUGGCCCUAAGUGGCGUCAGCGGCGGAAGAUGUUGACCCCCACCUUCCACUUCUCCAUCCUGACAGAGUUCUUGGAAGUGAUGAACGAGCAGGCGGAGAUCCUGGUGGAGAAGCUGGAGAAGCAGGCGGGGAAGGGUCCAUUUAACUGCUUUAAUUACAUUACCCUGUGUGCCCUGGACAUUAUCUGUGAAACCGCAAUGGGAAAGAAGAUUUACGCCCAGAGUAAUUCUGACUCAGAAUAUGUUAAGAGUGUGUACAAGAUGAGUGACAUUAUCAGCCGCAGACAGAGGACACCUUGGUUUUGGCCUAACUUUGUGUACAAUUACUUUGGUGAUGGACGGGAGCAUGACAGGACACUCAAGGUCCUGCACUCCUUUACAAACAAAGUGAUACAUGAAAGAUCUGAGAACAUUUCCCAUAUUGAAUCAGAUAACGACUCUGACAAUGACACAAAGAGAAGACGAGCAUUUCUGGACAUGCUCUUGAUGACCACCGAUGAAGAUGGCAACAGGAUGAACAAUCAGGAAAUUCAGGAGGAAGUGGACACCUUUAUGUUUGAGGGCCAUGACACUACAGCAGCCUCCAUGAACUGGGCCGUGCAUCUGCUGGGCGCCCACCCCGAGGCGCACAGCCGAGUUCAACAAGAGCUCCAGGAGGUGUUCGGUACAUCUAACCGGCCUGCUAACAUGGAGGACGUGAAGAAGCUCAAAUACCUGGAGUGUGUGAUCAAGGAGGCCCUGCGACUGUUUCCCUCUGUGCCUUUCUUUGCCCGCAACAUUGGUGAAGACUGCCAUAUCAAUGGUUUCAAGGUGCCCAAAGGUGCAAAUGCCAUCGUUUUGACCUACGCUCUCCACCGUGACCGGCGCUACUUCCCCGAGCCCGAGGAGUUCAGGCCUGAGCGCUUCCUGCCUGAGAAUGGAGUGGGACGGCCUCCGUAUGCGUACAUCCCCUUCUCCGCUGGACUCCGCAACUGUAUCGGUCAGCGUUUUGCUCUCAUGGAGGAAAAGGUGGUCUUGGCAGCCAUCCUGCGUAACUUUAGUGUUGAAGCUUGUCAGAAACGUGAAGAUCUCCGGCCUUUAGGAGAGCUCAUCCUGCGACCAGAGAAGGGCAUCGUUAUUAAACUGGAAAAAAGGAUUUGAUCAAACUAGCAACUGCUCAGGUUGACAGAAGAUAUGCACUGAAUUCAUGGACCUUUGAGAUUUGUAUGGAUUUUUAUUUAUUUAUUUAAAUGGUCAUAGUGCGGUCAGGGAGAGUUGUGAUCUUGGUGUUUGGAUUUUACAACCUUCUCAUCAUUAUAGUCUUCAUAAUUACAAAAAACUAAGCUUUAUGACAAUAAAUGAAGGCUAUUGAUUGUUUUCUUUCCUUGAAUUAGCUACAUAAUGCACAACUCUAACUCAACCACAACAACAACAACCAAGAAUGUAGAAUAAUUCCUGUAAAAAUAUGUAAUUUAAUUGUAGGUAUUAUAUUGCUAUGAAGAGCUAAGUAAUGCCAGUAUGUUGGAACUAAUGUUAAAGGUUAAUAAAACUUUCUUUAACAAAUGUAGCUUUGAAACAAAUGUUAUGAUGAGAUAACGGUGCUUCCUCACUGGUUUUAGUCACUGCCAUCCAUUUUUCUAGGUUAUUUGCUGUAAAAGAAAAGGAAUAUUGGUAUCAUUCGUUUCUGCUAUACCUCCUACCCUCAUACUAUUAUUUUAAUUAUUGAGCACUCAAAUCAAUGGCUGGAUGGAGCUGAGGCUCCUCCGCUCCAAAUGAGGCUGAGAUUAUCUAAUAAAUGGCUAAAAUAAAGGAAAUUCACACCAGAUUCAGUGGCCACAGUAUGAGGAUUUUAGGACAUUAUGAAUGUGCCAAGUGGAUAAGUUUCAAACUAUAAAGAAUGUAUUUACUUGGUGGAAAAUAUUCAAAGAAUGAAUGUAAACAUUGAAGUGUGUGCAUAUCCUCAAACUUUAGUGCAGAUAUGUAUGGAUUUAGUUAUACUAUUGUGUGAAUAUGAUUCCCCUUCACAGGCCAAGCCAUUUUUUGUGGGUGUUUUAUUUAUUAGAGUGCAAAAAAACCACACAUGGAUAAAGAUGAGGUUGCAACAGACUAACCUUAUUGGUCUGCCAAAGGUCCCUCAACUCUCCCAUGCCUGGCAGUUACAUUUUACUUUGCAUGGCAGCAAAGUCAUAUUUCUCAACAUUUCAGUUACUUGCAGCAACAGUGAGGAAGCUAUAUUUUUUUUACAGUAGUAUCAUUUACACAGAAAGAGAGAAUACCAGUUCCAGAACAUUGUUGUUUAACAUGCAAGGCAUUAUAUAGCUGGACAUGUGACACUCUUUUGGGGUGGAUUAACCUGCUGGCAGUAGAUAAAAUAAAUGUUUGCAGACAUUUACGCAGUUUUGGAUUCCAAAACAAGUAAUCUAUGAAGCAAUAAAGCCCUGGUCAGCACAUUUGGGGACACAAGAUUAUCCACGGGGUCAAUGGAUGAUUAAUGAAGAGAGGCAAAGGGUGAAUUCACAUUGCAGAGAAGUAUCUAAGAGAGGUGUUUCACAAGUUCAGCCAUGGUACGUUAAUCAGUUUAUAAGUGAUCCGCCUUUUUUUACUGGGCAAUACAAUACAACACCCCAAUAGGGCCUUCCAUUUGUCUAAGCUACCUUGAUUUUUUACAAAACUUUGUUAAAUUAGUUUUGUUUUUCCAAAAUCCUUUUGUUAUUUGUUGAAAAAUAUAUGUAUCAGUGCAUGGUUUUCAUUUGUUUUGACCUGUCAUAUUUCAGAACAAUGAGUGUAAAACAUCUGCUAUCUAAAAAUCAAUAUUUCUAUGGAUUAAUAUGCUAUGGCGUCCUGUAUUUAAGUUCUGCAGACAAUGCUUAAUUUGACAAGGAUGAAUUUCUGUCUUUACAGUUUGUCCCACAAACUCAAACUCAAUGCUGUUGCUCUUUUGUUGAACAUUUUCUGUGUUGUGAUCCUUCUAGACUGUAAGGAGAAACAUUUGGAAAACACAAUAAAAACAACAUGAAAGAUAUCAA